UCGAUUUUAUUGACGCCCUGCCUGUCAAACACUCGGUGCCAUGCAAUCCGCCACUGCCCUUUACAGGUGUACAUUCCUUCUGUGCCACUGCAUCGUGAGUGACAGCAGCUCAGGCCAAUCAGCACGACAGGCUGCCGAACUCUACCAAUCAACAGGUGGCUAACGAGGGGCCGCUUUGGAACGUGAGCCCAAGCUGCGGUUACCAGUGACCUGCCUCAAUGGCAGGCGGUGUGUAGGGGCGGUGACAGUGUGGAGCUAACUCUGUUCCCUCACACUCCCCGCGGGAACGUUACGUAUAAAUAUUUACCCGUAGUCUCAUUCCAUUAAUCCCAGCCGGGGGUUAUUCUGUGCAUACGGAAUUCUAUUGGCUGCGCCUUUGCUAGUAUGUCCCCAGGACCUUUGCCACAGUGAGCCCCCAAAGGUGCGGUGGGGCAGUAUCGGGCUCCCUGUGUGGAAAUCAGCCAUGGCCAAGAAGAGACACCCUCCUGAUGUAAGGAGAGCUGAGGACUUCUCCUUUGUGAGCCCUGUGGUAAAAUACCUCCUGUUCUUCUUCAACAUGCUGUUCUGGGUUAUAUCAAUGGUGAUGUUGGGAAUUGGUGUUUAUGCACGAAUUGUGAAACAUGCUGAGGCUGCCAUGGCCUGCCUUUCUGUGGAUCCUUCUCUACUCCUUAUUGUGGCUGGAAUUUUGAUGUUUCUUAUCACUUUUUUUGGCUGUAUUGGGUCUUUACGGGAGAACAUAUGCCUCCUUCAAACCUUCUCCAUUUGUCUUACACUUAUCUUCCUGCUGCAGCUGGCUGCAGGAAUCCUGGGAUUCGUCUUCUCUGAUAAGGCUCGUGGCAAAGUCAGUGAAAUGAUCAGUAAUGCCAUUGUGCAUUAUCGAGAUGACCUGGACCUGCAGAAUCUUAUAGACUUUGGCCAGAAGGAGUUCAGCUGCUGUGGGGGCAUUUCCUACAAGGACUGGUCCCAGAACAUGUACUUCAAUUGCUCAUCUGAGAACUUCAGCCAGGAACGCUGCUCAGUACCAUACUCCUGCUGCCUAAACGAAGAGGACCAGGCUGUCAUCAAUACGAUGUGCGGACAGGGCAUGCAGGCACUGGACUACAAGGAUGCAAAAUAUUACAUACACACCAGUGGCUGCAUUGACAGACUGGUUAACUGGCUGCAUAGUAACCUUUUUCUGCUGGGAGGAGUAGCUCUGGGCUUUGCCAUACCGCAGCUGGUUGGAUUUCUGCUCUCUCAGAUCUUGAUUGCCCAAAUCCAGGACCAGAUUAAAUUACAGAGAUACACCCAGCAACAUAGUUCAGAUCCCUGGUACUAAGAUACCGGUAAAGGGGUGCAUCACAUGCUCCUGGGAAGCAAGAACUACACAUCUAUCCGGAAACCGGAUGGAAAUGAAAACUCCUACACAGUCACACCGCUGUCAUGAAAUGGAGCUGGAACACACUUCUCACGAAAAGUGCCUGGAAAAAAACAUUGUAUUUAAUGAAGUGAAAUUGACAUUUUAACCUUAAUUGAACACUGUGAGUAACUUUUCCAGUAUGGAGGGAAAUAACAACCCAUUGUACUUUUAUCUAGAAACUAGAUGAAAAGAUGUUAUUUUUGGUAUGAAAAGAAUUUACAUGUUUCAAUGUCUCUUUGUUUAUGUUUUCUUAAUUCAAAUUACAAGAAUGUGACGACAGGCAUGAAAUACUAGAUCUCUUACAUUUUCAAUUAUUUCCUUUUCUAUCUGAGGUGUGCAGGAAUCUUACCUGGCCUUUCAGCACACCUGGCUGUUACACUGUCCAUUUUGUAAAUAGUUUAUCUUUCACUUACACAUAUGUUAGCAGUCAUUAAAUUUAUUUAUAUGAGCUAUC